AUGGCUUGGUACGGACGCUCUCUGGACUCCCCGUGUACACUGGCCUUGCUGGUGGGCUUCCAGUUUGCCUUUGUUCUCUAUUUCUCCCUUGGGGGCUUCCGAGGCCUGGUGUCUGUCCUGGUGCACACCACAGAGCCAGAGUUUGAUUACUCUCGACCUCACGACGUCUAUACCAACCUCAGUCAUUUGGGAGUGCCGCCUCCCCCGCCUCGCAACGCUGGCACUGGACCCCCUCCUACAGGACCACCGCUGAGAGACUGCCAGAUCCCUUCCCCACUGCUGGUCGGACCUGUGUCUGUCACUCUCUCCUCUCCUCUGUCCCUUGAGGAGAUCAGACAGAGGAACCCGUUAGUGUCGCGAGGCGGACACUACCGGCCUCCUGACUGUGAGCCGCGCCACCACACAGCAAUAGUGGUACCAUACCGGAACCGGCAGACCCACCUCCGUGCGCUCCUUUAUCACCUCCACCCCUUCCUGCAACGACAGCAGAUCCACUACAGCAUCUAUAUAGUACAGCAGUGGGGUAACAGUACUUUUAACCGAGCCAAGCUGCUGAAUGUCGGGGUGCGGGAGGCCCUCAGAGAUGAAGACUGGAGCUGCAUCUUCCUGCACGAUGUUGACCUGCUGCCCGAGAACGACCACAACACCUACACCUGUCACAAACAGUUCCCAACACACAUGUCUGUGGCCAUGGACAAGUUCAGAUACAGGCUGCCGUACCCACAGUAUUUUGGUGGGGUGUCUGCAGUGAGCCCAGACCAAUACAUGAAGAUGAACGGCUUCCCUAACCAGUACUGGGGCUGGGGCGGAGAGGAUGAUGACAUUGCUGCUAGAGUACGUCUAUCUGGCAUGAAGAUCAUGCGCCCUCCAGUGGCCAUUGGUCAUUACAAGAUGAUCAAGCACAAAGGAGACAGAGGCAAUGAACAAAACCCACGCAGAUUUGACCUUCUGAAAAGGACCAGACUCAACUGGCGCUCUGACGGCCUCAACUCUCUGAGCUAUGAGCUCCUUUCCAGAGAGCUGGAGCCUCUCUACACAAACCUCACCGUCGACAUUGGCGAAGACCCCCGUUUGCCCCACGGGAAAGCACCCAUCCCCGUGAAAACAGCAACCCCUGUCCACCAACGUAGCAUCAGCAGGACCGUUGGCACAAACAAACAGGAGAAAGGACAAGGGAGCAACGGGGCAAACAUGACUGUGGCUAAGCCGGCGGGGGGAAAGACAGAAUCUGCCCAGUUAAAGGCAGCAAAUCAAACAACACAGGAGAAGACAGACAUCGCAAGUCGUAAGCAACCCAUCUGCUGCCAGCAGACCUGCAGCUUCAUCCAGUUUGUUCCCAAAAAACUGCUGCUGUCAGUCCGUCCCACUGCACGGUGGGUUUGUGUUUCUGUGCCUUCUCUCUUUUAUGCGCAUUUUAUAGACAGGGGUAGCUGCUCUUAGACGCUGACCUGGGGUAAGUUUUACCACUCCUGCCUCGCAGGCAAAUGUUGGAAGGCAGGGAGGCUAAAGCUGAUCCUUGAUCAGGACAAAUGAUUUGUUCCUGGACUGCCGUUUUAUAUAUGUGUGCAUUGGUCAAGCGCUGAGUAAUGCGCAUAGUGCCCAUAGUAAAGCGCCAAUAGUUAUCAGACAAUUCUAGAGUUUAUAUUUAUAUAGAGACUUCUUUAUUUGUUUUCCAAGAUGUUUAACUCGUCCUUCCUUACGGUCUGGUGCCUCUCUCUUUCUGAAAUUUAGUUACUAGACAAUCAAAUCAUAUUGGAAGAAGAUAACUCUGUAUCCAACCACAUACCAAUGUGAUGAAAUAUUAUCAUGAUGAGUAUCUUUACACCUGGCAGAUAAACAUAGACUUGGCAUGAUAGUUGUUGUCUAGUUUGACUAUACUCUUGAUACAUGGAUAGACCAAUGCUUGUACUCUGUGAUUUUAUUAUUUUUCUUUUAGAUUAGUCAGGUAUGGGACAAAAAGCAAACUUGCAGACAAUAUUGUAGGCACGUGACUACACAUCUGCCUGUUUCAGAUUGUAUUUUAAUUAUAGAAAAGGUCAUAGCAACGAAAAAGCACUGUGUAUAGAUCUAGGUCAGCUUUUUACUAGAAGUCCUGACGUCUUCACAGAGGGUCUCAGUAUAAUAAGAAAGACCCUGAUGUAACUAAAAGCUAUAAAUGAGUGUAUGUCUCUACUUGUAUGUCACUUUUGUAUCUUAAAGGAAAGGAGACAAGGAAGAAGGACAUAUUAGAGAGAAAAUGUCAUAAUUUCAUUCUGAGGGCUAACAAAUUAGGACAUGCAUGUAGGUCAUUUAUGCUGAUCAAUUAUCAUCUACUUCACGGCUUACAGAUUUUCAGUUUUUGUUUCCAUGUCAUCUAUUCAGAAUGUAUUAUUAUGAGUUUACCUUUUGUAAAGGGGGAGUUUAUCAGUUGAGCUUAGUUUGAUCUGAUCUGAUCACACGUAGGAUUUCUUGCUGCUAUUUCAAUAGGGAAACGGUGAACUGUGUAAUUAAUAAGCUUGAAAAAUGACAUUUUGUUACACACAUUUUCUGGUGUGGAGUUGAGUUUUAUCACACUAACAAGUAAUGUAUUAGUUCUGCUAAUUUGAAUGUAUUUAAUUUAUUAAUUUAUUUAUUAAGUGACUGAUGGACUCAAUGCUGUGUUUUAGGGGUCGAAAUGACCUUUUCCAUCGUAUAGCAGAUUAUGUUCCUUUUAUACCAUGUUAUAUACGCCACGUUUCUUAAGUUAACAUUGUGCCUCAUGAAAUGAGACCAUUACUGAAGGACUGAAUUCUUACUGCUGGGCUAUAUGUGAGCGCCCUCUAGUGGUAUAGGGUGGCAUUGUGUCAGUCAAGAAGAACCAAGUACUGAAUGAAACUGCAUUGUUGUGACAUGAAUGCUAAUCACAAAUGUUGGCCAUUCACAGGCUUCAGCCAAUCAAAUCUUUGCAUUGCUCUGUGUGGACGGUUUCUCGAUUGCGUAAUAUCACAUGAUUGAUCCUGCCAGCUUAAAGGUGUAGAGACUGGAACUGUCUGUAUUUUACUGGUUUACAUAACCAAAAACUACAUGGUGAGUGUUUAUGAAUGGAUAUAGUUUUAUAGAAGGAAUCCGUGUUUAUUUAUGAUAAAAUAUUACCGGUUAUAAACAAAGAGUGCUGUGCGAACCGAUUGUCUUGACAGAGUACAUUGGGAGAUAAUAAGGCCCAAUUUCUUAGCUUUGUACUAGAUAGUAGUUUAGUUGCAUAUCAAUAGAUAAUAUAUCCACCAUAUAUCAUAUUUCCUUGGACAAUGCCUGUAUGACAUGAAGCAGUGACACACUGAAAGCUUUUAAGGACGUUAAGUAAUCUCAUCAGAUUAAUCAGCAUACUGUGUGCUUACCUGGAGAUUGUUCUAUAUUUAAUAAAUAGGCUAGUUUUUAUAAAGGAUGUUUUCACAUCAAGUGUUGGAAAUAUAUACUGUGUUUGUUUGUUGAAAUUGGUAACUGGGAUUUGGACUUCAUGGCAACAUUUCUUUUAUUUAAAGAGUUAAUAUGCUGUCAUUUAACACACAUUUGAGGAGUGUCAAUGUAAUGUUGAGAAGCACCUGAUUAGAAGGAUAGGAUGUUUAUGUAUUCAUGAUAAAUGAAGCAUAAUUAAAACAUCACUUAUAAUUAAGAACCAUGAUAUUUGCAUCAUACAAUGAUACAUGUCAUCCUCUUACGUUGCUUUAUUUAUUGACCUUAGAUUGUGAGUGUAUGUGUUCAUGUGUGUGAUUGUGUGUUUGUGUUCGUGUGAGUGGGUGUUCAUGUGUAUGAUUGUGUAGAGAGUAAGGUCAUAAAAAAAGGCAGAGGCAGUGAACUAUAUGAUGGACAGUGUUGUGAGA